AUGCUAAAUACGUCUCCUAUAAAUAUCGAACAAUGGCUUCAGGACAAUGGCCACCUCUUGCAGCCUCCGGUUAACAACUUUUGUCUGCAUAGAGGCGGCUUCACGGUGAUGAUCGUGGGAGGACCCAACGAGCGAACUGACUAUCACGUCAAUCCGACUCCGGAAUGGUUUCACCAGAAACGCGGCCACAUGACCCUGCGGGUCGUGGACGAGACUUUGCAAGGUGCAGAUCGCUUCAAAGAUGUGACGAUCAACGAAGGUGACUCGUACCUGCUGCCUGCAAAGGUUCCACACAACCCUGUUCGGUAUGCAAACACCGUAGGUAUUGUUGUGGAGCAGGACCGUCCUGAAGGCCAGCACGAUAUGCUGAGAUGGUACUGCCGGAAGUGCCAGUCCGUGGUGUGCCAAUUCGACUUCCAGAUGCGUGAUCUGGGCACACAGGUGAAAGAGGGAAUUCUCGCGUUCGACAGCGAUUUGAAGCACAGGAUAUGCUCCCAUUGCGGAACUGAGAACUACUCUAAACCGCAGUAG